AUGUUCAGGGGUAAGAAAUCAGCCAAGUUCAAGUGCACUUCAGCCACCCAGCAGGAGGAUGAGAAUCAGGAAAUCCACCUGGAAACUUACUCAAAAGAAAAAGACCUACCAUCUCCUGAACAAAAAACUUGGGUCAAGUGUCAAGUUCUGGACCCUGUUUCUCUUGUGCAAAAUUCAUCUUGCUUUGGCUCAAAGAAAUCCACAUCUCCAACAAAUCUUCCUGGUCUGAGUACUGUCACAUUUGUGACCAAUCAGAAAGUGAACACAAAGUCUGCUACUAGUGCUGGUAGAGACUUGAGGAGAAUGUCCUCAGCUGAGGAAAGGAAGUCUGUUCCAUCAGUGCUUGUCACCCCAGCAAGGAGAGUCAGCCAUGAUCCUGCUUGGAUAGCUGAGGAAACACAUUGUUGCAACAAGGACAAUAAUCAGCCAGGGCCUGGGGAAAUGAGCUGCCCACCAUCAGCAACCCUCAACAGGACACAGCAACAGACUCUGGCAAUUUUCUCAAUGGAGUCAGACAGUGAUUCAAAUCUAGCUGUGCCAAACAGUGGAUCCACCAGCAGAAGAAACAGUUCUUUGCCACAUAAUAAUUCAUUCCCUGCUCAUAGUGGGAGAAAGAAUUCUGUUUCUGUCACUGGGAAGGUGCCACAAAUGUUGGCUAAAAUGCUGAGUGAUGCUGUGGCAGCUGAGAAUCAUGCCAACAACAGUUUUUAUUCAGAAAACCUAAUGCCCCAUGGAAAUCCAAGGCCAAGGCCAUCAAGACUCAAUUCCUUUAUUUCUGCUCCAUCUGGUUUCUAUCAGAAUCCUCAGGAACCAAGAUUUUCACAAGACUUCUCAGCAUUUUCUGCCCAGUAUCUGGAGUCAAACACUGAUGGCAAUGAUGAUGCUGACAAAUUUCAAAUGUCCUGGAACAAAUUCCAGGAAAACAUGACUCAUUUAAGAGCAAAGAUGGAAAAGCAUGGAGGCUAUCACAAUGUAGCCAGUACAUACUUCCUCCUCACCUACUCUGGACAUGGGUUCAAGCACUGGUUCCUUCCAAUGGGCUUCCUCAGGAAGGGCUUUUGGAUCAGCCUGGUCCUUAUGUUUCUCUAUUGCAUGUUUGCCCAGAGCAUGCAGACAGUUGCCAAUUACUUGACUUACCCAAAGACAGUGUCAGUCUAUGUAGUGGAUGAGGACAAGGCAGACUUCCCAGCAGUCACAGUGUGCAACUUCAACAUGCUGAGCAAGUCCAGGCUUUUAUACCAGGAGAAAACAAAUAGAAAACAAUUGCCAAAACAGCUUGAAGAUGUGCUGCACUUGGAGAGAAGGUUUGAGAGGCUCCUGAGAAAGGGCAACAAUAAUGGGGAUUCUCAUCAGCACUUGAACCAGAAAGACAUGGACUUCUCCAGGAUUUGUACUGAUAGCUACUUGCAAUGGCAAUCUCCAAGUUUGAAGGCAAGUCUUCAGCAAAGACAUGCAUUAGAGGCGGGAAAAUUUCCUUUGCCUGUUGACCCAGUUUUGAAACAACAGUGGCAAGAAGACACAGGUUACAACUGGACUGACUCAGUCAUGCUUCCACAUCCUGAACUUGUAUUCCAAUGCCAAGGGGAAAAGCUGGUCACUAUGAAUGACUCUGCUCUAGCAGAUAUUUGUGGGAAGUCAUUUUAUGAUCCAGCCUCAAACAGGCCAUGUUUGAAAUCAUAUUUUGAAUCCAAGGGAGUUCCACUGAAUGUCAUUUGCUUCCCCCUGAACAGAAUUUGUGAUGGUUCAGGAGAAUGUGGACCUGAUGAUGACAGUGAUGAGUCACUGUAUUGUGAUGCUGAAACUGGGAAACCAAAGUGUGACUCUGUGGAAAACCUGGAUGCCUGUGACAAUGGGAUGUGUUAUCAGAGCUCUUUGCGCUGUGAUGGCUUUGAAGACUGCACAGAUGGCAGUGAUGAACGGGAUUGCCAUGGACUCAAGUAUGACAAGUCCUGUGGCUGCUAUGUCAUCUGCCAGAACAACACCACAAUAAAUGGCUCCAUCACAACCUCAAAUGCAACCACAGCAGAAACUGCAUCAAUUGACAAUGGAGAACAGUGCUACAGGAUAAGUCCAUUUGAUGGAGUUUAUGAUGGGAAUGUGGAGAAGAUCAUGAUGAGGACCAAAACUGCUGGGGAACUCACAGAGGCCAGUUCUCUGUUGGCUCCAAACCCAGAGGAAAUCCGGAAAUUUGGAGUCAGGGGUCAAGACUUUAUUGUUUCUUGUUCCUUUGAUGGUGUUCCAUGUUCCUACAAGGACUUCUACAAAUGGCAGAACCAGGAGUAUGGGAACUGCUUCACAUUCAAUAGUCCCUUAUUGGCUGUGGCAACUGGAGGUGAAGACAAGGUCUACAGCACCACCAAGUUUGGGUCUAGGUAUGGACUAAGGCUGUCACUGAACAUAGAACGUGAUGACUAUUUGUCAUCAGUGACCCCAACACAAGGAGCCAGGAUGCUCAUCCACAACAGAGCAGAAGUUCCUUUUCCUGCAGAAAAUGGCAUUGACUUGUCACCACUUCUAGAGACUUCUGUGGAUGUUAAAAGGGAACAUGUGUGGACCAGACAACAGAGUUGUUCCACUCUGGAGAUGCUCAAGUGCGCCAAGAAGCUGGCCAAGGAUGCCUCAACUGUGCCCCAAGUUGCGAGGCAAGUGCUGAAAUUUCACUCCCUUUCAUUUCAUAAUUCAAGAGUGCUUGAUCUCAUCAUAUACAGACCUGGUCAAAGUCAAGAGGACUCUGGAACUGUCCAUGCUCAUGUUUACUUGAACACUUUGUCACAUGAGUAUAUUGUGGAGUCUCAAGCCUUCACAUUUCAACAGUUUGUUUCCAAUGUGGGAGGAAUUUGGGGACUAUUUGCUGGCUUCUCCAUCAUCACAUUCAUAGAAUGGGUUGAAGUUGCCAUGAACCUUUUGAACCUGUGGGUCAAGAGAGUGAAGGAAAAGCUGAAGGCCAAAAAGUACAGUGAUGAACAUGCAACUGUAAUCAAGGAUGGCACAGAAGACUCAUAUUCAUCAGGUGCAGCUGAUAACCCCAUAGAUGUGAUGCCCAGCAAUGCAAAAUUCACAAUUGGCAGCAAUAAUUACCAGCAGCAACAGAGAAUUUUUCCUGAAGCACACACAAAUUUGGGGUACACAACUUUCUGAAUGUGCAUUUUUUUUUUGCAGUGGACUGCUGAUACAUGGAAUAGAUAUUUUAUACUGUACACAAAUGUAUAUGACCUGUUUUCUGUCCAAUAAAUUUCAGCCUUUUUUUAUAUUCAUUCCUCAUA